ACCGGCCGAACCCCUUUCCUGAUUUCCUCUCUGUUCGUUUCCCCGAAGAGUCAAUCUCCAUCGAAUUCCCAAAUCCGGCGCCGCCGCAAGCGCCUCCUCCCUCCCCUCCCCUCGUCCCUCGCCGCCGUCAUGCUCCUCCGGGUGCGCAGCCGCCUCCCUGCCGCGGCUCUCUCCCGCGCGGCCAUCCACCCACGCGCCUCCCCCGCCCCUGGACCCGUGCCACCACAACAUCGCCCUGUGGGCACGGCGAACCAGGGCAGCCAGCUCGAGCCCCGAUCCGGAUGGAUCGGCCGGGCUCGCGGUCACGCGACGAUGGCCCGGGCGAACCCGGUCACCCUGCUCCCGGCGUCCCUCGCGGGGCAUUACAAGGUUGGUACGCAAGUCCGGCGGUUCUCCUCGACAGGGCUUCCGCCGCAUAUGGUAAUUGGGAUGCCAGCGCUGUCCCCUACCAUGAAUCAAGGUAACCUUGCAAAAUGGAGAAAACAGGAAGGAGACAAGAUCGAGGUUGGUGAUGUGAUCUGUGAGAUAGAAACUGACAAAGCUACACUUGAGUUUGAAAGCCUUGAAGAGGGGUAUCUGGCAAAGAUUUUAGUACCUGAAGGUUCAAAGGAUGUACAGGUUGGAGAGCCCAUAUUUGUAACGGUUGAAGAGUCUGAGGAUAUUAAAAAUAUACCUGCUGAUACAUCUUUUGGAGGUGAACAAAAGGAGGAACAGUCAAGUGGAAGUGCAGCACAGAGUGUCCAAGUUGAUGCUGCUGAAACAAGCUCAGUGACGAGCCGCAUCAGCCCGGCAGCCAAGAUGCUUAUCAAAGAACACGGUCUUGAUGCCUCUUUACUGAAAGCAUCAGGUCCCCGUGGCACUCUUCUGAAAGGCGAUGUUUUGGCCGCAUUGAAGUCAGGCACUGCAAGUUCAGCCAAAGAACAGACAGCUCCAGUCGCACCUUCACCCAAGCCCACUCGUGAUACCCAAGCUCAGUCUCCAAUCACUUCACAAAAGAGUGAUACUUUUGAAGAUAUUACCAAUACCCAGAUACGCAAGGUGAUUGCGAAAAGGUUGCUUGAAUCCAAACAGACUACUCCACAUUUGUACCUAUCCAAAGAUGUUAUACUGGAUCCAUUGCUCGCUUUCAGGAAUGAACUAAAAGAGCAACACGGCGUUAAAGUUUCAGUUAAUGAUAUCGUCAUAAAAGCUGUGGCACUUGCCUUAAGGAAUGUCCCUGAAGCAAAUGCUUACUGGGACACUGCGAAGCAAGAAGCCCAAAAGUGUGAUUCAGUCGAUAUAUCUAUUGCUGUUGCUACAGAGAAGGGCCUGAUGACUCCUAUAAUAAGAAAUGCAGACCAAAAGACAAUAUCAGCAAUAUCCUCAGAGGUCAAGCAGCUGGCCAAAAAGGCACGAGCUGGGAAGCUUGCCCCUAAUGAGUUUCAAGGGGGGUCUUUCAGUAUAUCAAAUCUUGGAAUGUAUCCCGUGGACCAUUUCUGUGCAAUCAUUAAUCCUCCACAGGCUGGCAUUCUCGCUGUUGGCCGGGGUAACAAAGUUGUGGAGCCUGUUAUGGACAGUGAUGGAACAGAGAAGGCUGCUGUACUUACAAAAAUGAGCUUGACGUUGUCUGCUGAUCAUCGUAUAUUUGAUGGGCAAGUAGGAGGCAAGUUUUUCACAGAGUUGGCGUCAAAUUUCAGUGACAUCAGGAGACUUCUUUUGUAAAUGAAAGGUGCCCCGGCAUUUUGUGGUGUUCCCAAGAAUUCUUUGGAGAAGGUUGCCCAAGAAAACAUACAAGGUGCAAAUUGAGUUUCAGUUGCUUGACCCCCAAGCAACAAGUUUUGUAAAUUUCCAAUAAGAAAACAUGGGCAACUCCACGGUGCUCUUUUUUUUUUCUCUCAUUAACUGGGGAGUUGGGCCCCUAGAAUUCGUAGCCAUUUCAGAGUUCAAUGUGGUUACACAACAAUUACUAACUCUUGGUGCUGAGGUUCUCUGCAACUCCGGACAUGUUUCCUGAGGAUUUCUGGUAGGCACAAGACAAUGGCUUUGUGAUCCUUUUUGAGCAACAUUAGCAGUAAUAAUGAAAUGGUUCUUCUGAGCAUCUUUGGUUG